AUGAAAGUGAAUGUUGGUUUCUCGCUUGUUUGGGCGUGGGUUCUUCUGAGAAGCAGAGUGUUAACGGAACCUUUGUCUCCUGUCGAAUUCCGAGAGCCUCUGACCGUGAACGUCACCCUCCUGAUCGAGAGCGUCGGCGAUCCAAAUCCAGUGACCAUGGAUUUCGAGCUGGAAAUCAUUUUGCAACUUUAUUGGCAUGUCAAGUGGGAACUUUGUGCUAAAUACUUCAACGAAACCUUCCUCGCGAUUCUCCUGCUCAAACCACCGAAAGCAAACGAGUACAUCCAAGUUCCGAGCACGAAGGUGAAAUAUUUUUGGGUACCCGAUCUCUACUACGUCGAAGGCAAGGACGUCAUCCCUCCGUCAAAUAUAAACCCCCCACGGUCGCUGCUCCUCUACAAUAAUGGCGAGAACAAGGAUUGUCGCUUAGUUUUCAAAAGCAAAGAAACCGUGACGGUGGGCUGCCAAUUCAACUUCAAAAUGUAUCCUCUAGACAUCAAUGUUUGCUAUCUCAAUAUGCGAAGCUUUUCCUAUCCGACGAGCCGAUUGAGGUUCAAAUGGUUGCAAUCCAGAGGUGUUUUGAUAAAUCCCAAUAUUCAAACCCUCGUGUGCCAGGUCCAGAUAACUUCUUCGGAGGAUUUUGGGGAAUGGUAUUCCCUGGAGAAUGAAGGAAACUACGACGGUGUUCGAGUAUCAUUCAAAUUCUCGCGCAAGCUCGUGAAUCAGCUCAUCACAACCUAUAUUCCCAGCAUUCUGCUCGUAUUGGUGGGAUUUUCCUGUUUCUGGAUGAGCGUGGAUGCUGGUGGUGAACGUAUCACUCUGACCAUAACAACGUUAUUGGCUGUGUAUACGCAAAUAACUCAAGUGCGACUAAGUAUUCCGCCCACGUCCUACCUAACGAACAUCGAUAUCUGGCUCUUCGCAACCCUGGGUUUCAAUUUGCUGUCGACUCUCGAGUGCGCCCUCAUCCAAGGCAUACAGUUCAGAGAGCACAAAGAAAACGAAGCUGCAAAAGAAGUCUCGGGCGAAGAUGAGGCGCACGAAGAACAAUUGAAGACGAUGCGCGGGAAGCAUCGCGGUCCUCUCCCCUUCGAGGGAACCGAGUGGGAGGACCAAGCCGGUCGUUCGAGUCUCGGGAGGAUGUACCACUCGAUAAAGACUAGGCAGACUUUGCUGAGACGGAAGGAGGAUCAGUCUUUCACAGAAUACUGCGAUGGCAUCGGUCGUAACGUACUCAUAGGAUCAUUUCUGGUCUUCUUUAUCGGCUACGUUGUUUAUAUGGUCAUAGUCAAUGCGACCGCGAGCUGA